AUACUGUAGUCCAGGCUGUGUGUUUGCUUAUGGAAGAACAUCUGCAAUGUUCAUUAUAAAAUCCCCAGUCUGUGUAUUUUCCCUCCUCUCUGUUAUGCAGUAAACAAAUCCCACUGAUGGAAACCUUCCUAUCAUCAUGUAUGACCGCCGAACUCGAUUUACAGCUCCUGACUGGCGCUAAGAAGGAGACGCACUGCGCAUGCGCCAACAAAUCAUAACACUGGCGUGUGGAGAAACACUGAGCACUAGGUGUUAUGGGAUAUGUAGUGUCAAAAUUCAUACUCGUCUCCUAUACGUGUAGCUUUAAAAAUCGCGUUUGAGUUAUCUUUUAACACAGUGAAAGCAGGCGGGCCCGAACUGGAGGCUACUUGGGAAAGAGGAAACAUGAAGAUACACAUAUGGCUACAAAACACUUCGUAUUGCGCUCAGCAAACCAUGCAGGAUGAUUUACUGAUGGACAAAAGCAAAGCUCAGCCUCACCACCAGCACCAGCAGCAGCAGCAAGACCCAGCCAACGUCGAGCCUCCUUCCACACCGACUCCCUCACCGUCCGAGCCGGCGAUCUCUGAGGACAGCAGCCCGUUGAGCGGGAGCAGCCAAGCGCCUUCGGUCCAAAGCAGCAAAGAGAAAGUAGCAAUGGAGUCACCGAUCCUGCCGGGUCUGGGCUUCCCGGAGACCGGUGGCAACUCCUUGUCUCCGUCGUUCGCCAGCACUUGGUCAUCUGGAACGGCGAACGCAGUGGACGAUAGUUUUUUCCAAGGAAUCCCCUCGGUGAACGGCACCAUGCUUUUCCAGAACUUCCCUCACCACGUCAACCCGGUUUUCGGAGGCGGAUUUUCGCCGCAGAUCGGCUUGGCACAGUCACAACAGCAGCAAGUACAACAGCAGCAGCAGCAGCAGAGGAGAUCUCCGGUCAGCCCCAACCAGGCUGUUUUUCCUCAGCGGAACGCAUACAGCCACCAGGCCGUGGUGAACAGCAAGGCCUCGCCGUCUUCGUCCUCCUCGUCGUCGGCGUGGAGCGCUCAGCAGAGCGCCGUGUGGAGCUCCGGCUCCAACCCCUGGAGCGGGCUGCCGGCCGGCCGGGACCCGCGGAGAGCCGUCGGUGUAGGAGUCGGCCUGCCUUCGGCUCUUAACCCCAUCUCUCCGAUGAAGAAACCCUACCCGACUAAUGUCAUCGCCCCACCGAAGUUCCCCAGAGCCGCCCCGCUUACCCCAAAACCCUGGCUGGAGGACAACGCCUUCAGAACGGACAACGGCAACCUGCUACCUUUUCAGGACCGGAAUCGGCCCUUUGAUCCAUUUAACUUGCAAACUUUGGAGAAUUCCUUAAUGGAUAUGAUAAGGACUGACCACGACAAAGGUAAACACCACCCUGUCGGGGGCCCACCAAUGACUAUCGCUGAUAUUGUGUGGAGGAAUCAUUUUGCAGGACGCAUGGGUCUGAACUUUCACCACCCAGCAGCAGAACACAUAAUGCCACUGACCAGGAGUUAUGGUCGCAGAAGAGGUCGCUCAUCACUGUUUCCUUUCGAGGAUGGCUUUUUGGAUGAUGCUCAUGGAGAUCAGUCUCUAACUCCAGGGCUGAACUCCCCUACUCGCUGUCAGAACGGUGAGAGGAUGGAGCGUUACUCCAGAAAGGUCUUUGUUGGUGGACUGCCUCCAGACAUCGAUGAAGAUGAGAUCACCAAUAGUUUCCGUCGCUAUGGACACCUGGUGGUGGACUGGCCCCAUAAAGCAGAAAGCAAGUCCUACUUUCCUCCUAAAGGUUAUGCCUUCCUGCUUUUCCAGGAAGAGAGUUCAGUUCAGGCCCUCAUCGAUGCCUGCAUUGAGGAAGAUGGAAAACUCUACUUGUGUGUCUCCAGCCCCACCAUUAAAGACAAACCAGUCCAGAUCCGCCCGUGGAAUCUGAGUGACAGUGACUUUGUGAUGGACGGCUCACAGCCUCUGGACCCUCGCAAGACCAUCUUUGUGGGAGGAGUCCCUCGACCUCUGCGCGCAGUGGAGUUGGCGAUGAUUAUGGACCGGCUGUAUGGAGGUGUGUGCUAUGCUGGCAUUGAUACUGACCCUGAGCUGAAGUAUCCUAAAGGAGCAGGUCGAGUGGCCUUCUCUAACCAGCAGAGCUACAUCGCUGCCAUCAGUGCUCGAUUCGUCCAGUUGCAGCACAACGACAUCGACAAGCGGGUGGAGGUGAAGCCGUACGUGCUGGACGAUCAGAUGUGUGACGAGUGCCAGGGAGCGCGCUGUGGAGGCAAGUUCGCCCCGUUCUUCUGUGCCAACGUCACGUGCCUGCAGUACUACUGUGAGUACUGCUGGGCCAGCAUCCACUCGCGCGCCGGCCGUGAGUUCCACAAACCGCUGGUGAAGGAGGGAGGAGACCGACCACGCCAUGUCUCCUUCCGCUGGAGCUGAUGGAGGAGUAACCUCCCUCCCUCACUUCUUCACUCCCAUCAUCCCCCUCCAACCAACUAACUACCACCAUCACCACCAUCACAACUACAACCGAAGAUAACAUGGGUCUUCUUUUAUCCUUUCUUUUAAACAAAAAAAAAAAAAAAAUGCACAGCUCUUAAUAUCUUUGUCCACCAUACUCUCUGCUAAUGAACAUUCAGUCGAAUAAGAAUUUUGAGUCUUUCUGCUCAGAAAUUUGCACUUUGGCACACAUGUACACACUUGAUGUUAGCUAGGUCAUGACAAUACUGUUCUUUUUUUCAAGUUUACUUCAAUUUCCUCUAGUCAGUCAGUGUUUCCCAAUAGGACAUCAUUUAGACAAGAGUGAGACUACACACACACACACACACACACACACACACACGCGCACACACAUAUAUAUAUUUAAAAAAAUGAUUAUAUUUUUGGUUUUGUAAUCUAUAAAUAUAUAUACGCAUAGAUAAUUCCUUUUUUAUUUUUAUUUUAUUUAAUUUUCUUUUUUUUUUUUUUUUUAAAGGCGCAUGCACUUGUUUUCAGAAAACUUAUAUCAUUGCCCCAAGUAGAAAAUGUGAGGGAACAAAAUUACCAAAGGUGAAAAUCAACCUUUAUUAAGGGUAAAAUAAAAAAAUUUUAAAAAAACAAACCAAUCAUAAAUGAAUCUAAAAUUCGAACACACCUAUUGUAUUCGCUCUCAACAGUUCAUUUAAUACCUCAUGUGCACAAUCAGAUUUUGUUUCCUUCGCUUAUCAUUUUUAGGCCUUUUUUAUUUUUUUAAUAAUAUUAUUUUUUAGUGUUAUGUACAUGUAAUGCUGCAAUAGCUUUUGCUGCUAAAUCCAUGGUAUAUAGUUGUAUACCAUAGUACUUUAUUCAGGCUGGGAAGUGGAUGAGAAUCGGUUAGGGCGCCUGGUCGGGAGGUGAGCAGGCCGGCAUGAGAACGAGCGUCGGCCUCGGCGCGGUCUGUGCUCGCCCCUGAACUGCAUGGUUCUCCGAAUCAGGUCUCUGCAUGCAAUAGAAUUUUCAGUAUCGAGUCUAUUAUUCAUCUUGGCCCACUUUGCACAUGGUAGACGAGGACACAGGGCAGGAAAGCGCGCAGGAGACGGAGACGGAGACGUCGCGAGAGGAAAGCCCGUCUCGCUCGAUCUCGCUGAUCGUAUCAUGCCGAAAGCUAAAAGCGAGAACAGACGACUAAAUCGCAGUUCUGAUUUAAAAGGCCUAGAUGUAGAAUAAGCCUUCAAACAAGCUGUCUCUAGUAGGUGAAGAACAUUUUUCUUUUUUCAGUAAUUUGUUAAUAUAAUUGUGCAAUUUUUUUAUACGGUAUGUAGUUAGGUUUGAGUAUAUGCCUAGAACUGUGAUUCGCUUUAACUGUUCUUGAUGUCUAACAAGUCCUGUGAAAACUUCAUAACCAGUGUAUACAGUACACAGAAACACUCACUCGCAUACAUACAUACAUACAUACAUCUUCCGUGUCCCUCUGUUUCGUACACACACACACACACACACACACACACACACACACACACACACCCACCUUUGAUAGUUCUCACUCACACAGGAUGUAUAAAAACUAGCCCCUUUCCUAAAAACUACCAACACCAUUCACUAGAACUAAUACCACGUCAGGCCUCGACGCUUCUGCCUGACUAGUGAAGUGACUAAAAGACAAAAAAAAAAUACUGCAGUGACGUGUGUUUUUCCCCCGCAAAGACCCACAUAAAGAGUUCCGACAGUGUGACUGCAGCACAUUGGAUUAACAUCACCAGAACAUUGUGUGCUCGCUGCAUUUAUAUAUCUAUAUAUCUCUAUAUACACAGAUUUUCCUGCAAAGCUUGAAGAAUAGAACCAACCUGCUAAUAAUGAUGGUGGAUAUUUUUUUAAGACUAUGGGCUUGAGAGAGGACGAGUGGGAGUUUAGGAGAACACAAGUAUUGGCUGCUGAUGUGAUGCGUUUAAGAGCGAGACAGGGUUUUACGAGCCCGUGACAGUCCCGAGCUCGGUGUUUCACGGAGCGAAUGGUAGAUGAUCCCACCCCGUUUUCCCGUAGUGACAUUCAUCACGCCGGAAAAGGCCGCAGCAACCGUGGCUCGGGUUUUUAAUCCUAAACAGUCACCUUUAGGAUGGAACACUUUGUUCGCUUUUGGAAGAAAAAAAAAAUUACGUAAAACAAGAGCUACUUUUUUUUACUGAUGGUAAAAAAACAAACAAAAAAAAAACAGCAGAAAACUAAUCAUGAAUAGCAAUGAGGAUCCUUAUGGACGUGAAUUCUGGGGGGUUUGUGAUAUUUCCUUCCCAACCCAGAAGGGUUUUCUAGAUCUGUUCCUUUUCUGUAAUAGACAUUUGUUAUGCACUACUCUUUGUAUCUAGAUGGUUAGCUAUCAGUCAGCUAUUUUUUUUGUUGAGAGAGCGCAAGCGAGAGAGAGAGAGAGAGAAAAAAUAGAAAAUGUGUGCUUUCUGACUGAUGUGAUCUUUUGCAAUACCUCAAUUUUGAAAUAUAAUAGGAGAGAAAUCAAUAUUUUCUAAGUAAGUUUAUUCAAAUACAAAAUAUAUAUUAAUUUAAAUUUGCAAGAAAAUGAUUUAACAGAUGGUUAAUUUUAUUUUUGUCAUGUUGAUUUGCCUUUAUGUUUAAUUUUAUUUUUUUGAGAAAAAAAAAUGAUAAAAAAGCAACUGAAGGAGCUAGAGCUUUAUAACUUUAAUAGAGUAAGAGUCAGCUGAAGUAGAGACGACCUUAACACGGCGUAAACGGGGAGAGAGAGAGAGAGAGAGAGAGAGAUUCGCCAACUGCACGCCACAGUGUUAAAAAAGAAAAAAAAAGUUCAUACAACAUCUUACUCCAGAAAGAAAAAAAAAACAAAAAACAAAAAAAAAAACAUGGACAUCCAUUAGGUGCUUAAAAAGUCAACUGACGAUAUUUCCCUUGGUUUUGUAUGUUUAUAAUCAGUCAUUUACUGACCAGUGAAAGAAAUUUUUUUGUUUGUUUGUUUGUGAUUUUUUUUUUUUUUUUUUAAACAAAAAGCUUUUUUAUGUUUAAGUGUAGCCCAUUUGUUUUGUAAAAGCAAAUUGCCCUACUUUGUUAACCUGACCUAAUUUAAGCUAAACUGAUCUUUGAUGGUUCUUGAUUAAAUGGAGAAAAACGAAAGAAUUUUUUUUUAUUAUUUGUUUGUUGUUGUUUUUUUUUAAUUAAAAAAAAAAAAAACA